AUGGCUAAAUAUCUCCAAUUUCUAGUACUUGUGGUGACUUCGUUGUGUGUAACAGCAUUUGACAAUGAAGAAGUUCUUCUACGACUAGGAAACAAUGAAAAGGACGUAAAGGAACUGAGACAAGAAAAUGCACAGCUUAAAAAGGAAAAUAGAUAUAUGCGUCAACUUAUAGGACGUUUGUCUGCCAAAAUAGACAUAAUAUCCAAUCUUGCCACUGAAAAGGUCACUGAAGAGGACUUAGAAAAUACACCAGCAUCGACCAAUAGUCGUAACGAAAUUCACUCAAAUGUAAAUACGAAAAGAUUAAUGUCAUCAUCGUUACCAGAUUACCUUGCUUUUGCUGCAAGUUUAAACACAACAAUCUCACACGUUGCAGCACACCAAGUAAUCAAAUACAAUGACAUAAUAACAAACGAGGGAAAUGGUUACGAUGCAACCCAGGGGAUUUUCAUAGCACCUGAAAGAGGCCUGUAUUUAAUUUCUGUUACUCUUUGGGAAUCUAUGAAUGAUCUUCAGAGAAUAGGUUUAGAUUUAGUUCUGAAUGGAAAGAAAGUGAUUUCAAUCUUUGCUGAUGGAGCUGGUACAAAUGAUUCAGCAAUGACUCAGACCCUGCCUUUAGUUCUGCAACAGGGAGACAGAGUUUGGGUUCGUACACACGACAAGUACGCUGGGUUCACGCUUUAUGGUACUGCAGAAUGGAACAUGAAUUCAUUCUCAGGAGUUCUCUUGACGUAUAUAUAA